AUGCGGAGCCCCGCCAGCGCGCGGCCGGAGCCAGGGAGCUCAGGGAGGGAGCGAGGAGCGGGGAGCGGGAGAGAGGCGGGGGGCGGCGGGGGGCGCGAGCGCCACUCCCACUCGCGCCGGGCACUGGCCACCUCCUGCAGCCGCGGCCGGCCUGGGCUCGAGGGCCGCGGGACCAAUCAGCGCGCGCGGGGGAAGCGGAGCCCUCCGCGGGGCGCGCUCAUUGGCCCGACGCGCGCGACCCAACUCCGGGAGAUCGGCCUGAGCGCCAAGUCUGUAAACUCCGGCCAGCUGGAGCCGACGGCCCCGCGCAGGUUGGGAACCCGGGCGCGGCGCUCCCGCCCUCAGGGUGAGCGGAGCUGGAGAGAUUUGGGACCUGCCGGGGAAGCCUGUUCCCAGUGA